AUCCCCACUCCUGACGUAUCUCACCAACCAAUCAGAAUGCGUGUGGGCGGAAUCAUCGUGGGCCUGGCAUUCAGGUUUGGUUGCAAAGAAAGCCUUUACCCGCGUUGGGCAGUGACUUGCUUCCUAACUGAGGUGCCAUCAGGACGGAUACCAUAUCCUACCACACCUCUUCUUCUCCGAGCAGCCUCCUCGACUGUUGGACACUAUUCAGGAACUAUUUGCAAGCGGCCAACUUUAAUUUAUUCUUUACUUUUCAAACGGAAUGGAUUUUGAAAAGACCUAACCUGGAUGGUUUGCUGCACAAGUGUUGUUAAAAGCCUGCUGGUGGAGUUUGCCAACUUUUAAGGAGGUCGCAUUAAGUCUUUCUGGAGGGGAAGUAACUUUCAAAGCCGCAAUGGAUCAAGCCAGCGGUGGGGAAGACCCGAAUAAACCCUCUAAAAAGAAGUCCAGCGAGGACGAGGGUAAAAACAAAAAGCUGAACAUACACAUAAAAACAUUGGCUGAUGAUAUGCGUGAUCGAAUCACCAGUUUCAGGAAAACAGGAAUGAAGAAAGAGAAGCUCCUUAUACAGCAUCCAACAGAUCCCCUCUCCACCCAGACGGAGCUACCCAUUCCUCAGCCACUCUUUGACGACCGCUCCAUGAACCUCUCAGAAAAGGAGAUUAUUGACCUCUUUGAGAAGAUGAUGGAGGACAUGAACCUGAAUGAGGAACGCAAAGCCCCUCUGCGUGGAAAGGACUUGAGCACUAAACGCGAGAUGGUGGUCCAGUACAUCUCAGCCACUGCUAAAUCUAUAACUGGGAGCAAAGUUCCGGGUGGACUAAGGAACAGCAAGCAUGAGUGCACACUUUCAUCUCAAGAAUAUGUCCACGAGCUGCGUUCUGGCAUCACAGAAGAAAAGCUGCUCAAUUGCCUGGAGUCCCUCAGAGUGUCUCUCACCAGUAACCCUGUCAGUUGGGUUAAUAACUUCGGGCAUGAGGGUCUUGGUCUUCUUCUGGAUGCUUUGGAGAAGCUGCUCGACAAGAAACAGCAAGAGAGUAUUGAUAAACGGAACCAGCAUAAACUCAUCCAGUGCUUGAAGGCUUUCAUGAACAAUAAGUAUGGACUGCAAAGGAUCCUGGGAGAUGAGCGGAGCCUGUUGCUGUUGGCACGAGCGAUUGACCCCAAACAGACCAACAUGAUGACCGAGAUUGUCAAAAUUCUCUCUGCUUUCUGUAUUAUUGGAGAGGAAAACAUCCUGGAUAAGAUUCUAGCUGCCAUGACAAUUGCUGCAGAGAGGAACAAUAAAGAGAGAUUUGCUCCGAUUGUGGAAGGACUGGAGAACCACGAAGCCCAGCAGCUUCAGGUUGCUUGUAUGCAGCUGAUAAACGCCUUGGUCACCUCCCCUGAUGACCUGGACUUCCGGAUACAUUUACGCAAUGAGUUCCUGAGAUGUGGUCUCAAGAAGAUCCUACCAGAGCUAAAAGAGACAGAGGAGCUCGACAUCCAGCUUAAGGUGUUCAAUGAGAACAAGGAGGAGGACUCUAUCGAACUCUCCCAUCGCCUGGAUGACAUCCGUGCUGAGAUGGAUGAUAUGAAUGAAGUAUAUCAUCUCCUGUCCAAUAUGGUAAAAGACACGGGCUCAGAGGCGUACUUCCUGUCAGUCCUGCAGCACCUUUUGCUAAUUAGGAACGACUACUAUAUCAGGCCUCAGUAUUACAAGGUGAUAGAAGAAUGCGUGUCUCAGGUGGUCCUGCAUCGCAAUGGGAUGGACCCAGACUUCGGCUACAGCAGAAGAUUGGAUGUGGACUUUACCCAUCUAAUUGAUCAGUGUGUGGAUAAAGCCAAAGUUGAGGAGAGUGAGCAGAAGGCUGCGGAGUUCUCCAAAAAGUUUGAUGAGGAGUUCAGUGCGCGGCAGGAGGCCCAGGCCGAGGCUCAAAAGAAGGAAGAGAGAAUCAAAGAGUUGGAGGGGAAGAUCCAGGCCCUGGAGUCCCAGAUUGCGGCGGGUCCAGCUGCGCCCGGAGCACCACCUCCACCACCAUUACCAGGAGGCGCAGCAGUUCCACCUCCUCCUCCACCACCUCCUCCACCACCUCCACCUGGUGGUGGUCCUCCCCCUCCACCACCUCCUCCUCCUCUUCCCGGCCACGCUGGCAUUCCUCCACCACCCCCACCACCUCCUCCCCCAGGUGGAGGACCUCCACCUCCCCCGCCACCCCCUGGUUGUGGGCCUCCGCCUCCUCCGCCUUUCUUUGGUGGCCCUGGUGGUCCUCCUCCACCUCCUGCGUUGCCUGUCAUCAAGCUGCCUUAUGGACUGGAACCCAAGAAGACGUACAAGCCUGAAACCGUGAUGAAGAGGGUGAACUGGACCAAGAUAGUGCCUCAGGAAAUGGCAGAGAAUUGCUUCUGGAUCAAAGUCAAAGAAGAGAAGUUUGAGAGUCCUGACCUAUUUGCUCAGCUCUCCCUCUGCUUCUCCUCGCAGAGCAAAGUGAGAAAAGACGUAAAAGACGAGACUGAUGACAGAAUGCCACAAUUCAAGAAAAAGGCGAAGGAGCUUCGCAUCCUGGAUGCCAAAACUGCACAGAAUCUUUCAAUUUUCUUGGGCUCGUUCCGCCUGCCUUAUGAAGAGAUCCGGGACAUUGUGCUGCAGGUAGACGAGGAAAGACUGAGCGAAUCACUCAUCCAGAACCUGAUAAAGAACCUGCCAGAGCAGAAAGAGCUGAAUGCGCUGGCGGAACUAAAGGGUGAAUAUGAAGAGCUAGUGGAGUCGGAGCAGUUUGGCAUUGUGAUGAGUUCAGUCAAACUCCUUCGACCACGUCUUAACGGCAUUCUGUUCAAGCUGACGUUUGAGGAGCAGGUGAAUAACAUCCGGCCGGACAUCAUGAAUGUGACGUUUGCCUGCGAGGAGGUGAAGAAGAGUGAAGGCUUAAGCAAACUCCUGGAGUUGGUGUUGAUGGUUGGAAAUUACAUGAAUGCUGGCUCAAGGAAUGCCCAGACGUUUGGUUUCAACAUCAGCUUCCUAUGCAAGCUCCGAGACACUAAAUCCAUCAGUCAGAAUACAACACUUCUUCAUUUCCUGGCUGAGAAGUGUGAAGAGACUUACCAGGAGAUUUUGAGGUUUCCAGAUGAACUGGAGCAUGUGGAGAGUGCCAGCAGAGUGUCUGCUGAGAUCUUAAAAAGCAGUCUGACCACCAUGGAGCGUCAGAUUCAGAGGCUCGAGAAUGACAUCGAGAACUUCCCCAAAACGGACGACGAACAAGAUAAGUUUGUAGAAAAGAUGUCGGGCUUCUCCAAGCAUGCGCGUGAGCAGUAUGAAAAACUGUCCACAAUGCACAAGAACAUGCAGAAGCUCUACGAGAAUAUUGGCAGCUAUUUUGCCUUCGACCCCCACUCAGUCAGUGUGGAGGAUUUCUUUGGAGAACUGGCCAACUUCCGCAUGCUGUUCAUGGAAGCAGUGAAGGAGAACCACAAGAAGAGGGAGAUGGAGGAGAAGAUCAAGAGAGCCAAGCUGGCGAAGGAGAAAGCAGAGCGGGAGAAGCAGGAGCGCCAGAAUAAGAAGAAGCAGCUGAUUGACAUGAACAAAGAGGGAGAUGAAACUGGUGUGAUGGAUAGCCUAAUGGAAGCUCUACAGUCCGGAGCAGCCUUCCGUGAUCGGCGAAAACGAACACCUCGCAACGGUGAUCAAAGCCCUUCCAGUCCAUCCUCUCGGUGGCCGGGUGCUAACUAUGGUAACAGAACUCUAGACAACCGCCGCGCAGUCCUGGAAAGGUCUCGUUCACGCCACAACGCAAAUCACCAAGCUCGAUGAUCGCCCGCGCCUACCACAAGACGCUAGAUAAGUGCCAAAGAGGCCUGCGAGGUGGAGACCUGGAAGACAUCUGAAGAAGGGACAGACCACCCCCGUAACUGUAGCGCACACACAUACACACACACACACAUACACACACACAUACACACAGCACCAAGUAUGGAACAAAAAUGCCUAAAGAAGCCACACAGAACUGAAGCACCUACAGUAAAUCACAGAGACAUUUCAUUUUCAUGCGGUGCAUCUGACGCCUUACAUAUUUAUUCAACACUCUCAUCACUCCAAAUGUUCAUGUCCUCUCUAGAUGGUUUUGAUUUAUAAAAAGAACGCAUUUUUAAGGCUGCUGCUGUUUUUGAAGAGAGCUUUUCUUUGCUUGGAAAUCCAUUUUGAUUCUUGCAAGUUUGAGGCUUCUACUAAUCCUUUUUUUAAAAUCAAAAUACUGAAGUUCACAUACAGUUUUGACUAUGAAACAUGCAGUGUUUCUCAAAUAGACAUUCUGCCGAGAAGGACUGCACCAUAGCGUACGCUUACCGCUCUGAAAAAUAUACCACACAUACCGCAUUCAGCAAAGGGAAGCGGGCCAGCUGUCCUUUAAAUGCAAGACGGGGAUUCAGCACUCAUGUCGGCAAGCCCAAAACCUGACGACAUUUUCUUCAACAAGCACUGAACCCUCACGGCAGAGGGAGUGGUUGCAACUUUUUUUUUUCUGCCAAUCCUUCCCUCUACCAACAUCAAGACAUUUUUUUACAAGUAAAUGUACAAAGAGUCCACAUGAAUCAUUUAAUUUCAUUACAUAUCCCACAAAGCCUCCCGAGCUGGCCCCUGACUGCGCUGAUAUUUCAGAGCAUGUGACUCAUGGAUCCUGAAACUGUAGUCUCCUUUUUGACAGGAUGCAUUUUAUUUUUAGUUUGUAAUAACUAACCAAUGCCUUCGGGUGCCGAUCUCUGUCCCAAGGUCGCUUUGGCUGUUAACGUGAGAGACUGACACAUUUCUAAAUGCAUAUAACUGCCGAAAGGAGCUAACACGACCCUUUGACCUUUCCUGCGGUCACACAGGUUUCCAGUGGGGGUAGCUUGAUUGUACAGUGGUAUUACAACGUUUUUAAUCUAUUUCAGUCCCUGUUUUUUUUUUUUUUUUAAUAUAUAUGAUGGCUCUAAAAAAAAUGGAGACAAAUGGUGAGUAGUUCACUCUCCUUAGAUUUCCCUCAGCAAAUUUUAAGGUUUUUUUCCCGCUUUCAGAACAUUAACUAAUAUUUACAGGGCUAAGCAGCAGACAACAUGCCAGCUCAAAUUUCAGUUGGUAAAUUAAUAUUGUAGAAUGUAUUUUUCACACUUACGAAGCUUUCAGCAGUGAAACAAACACCUGGGGCCAGAUGUAUGAACGAAUCAUACACACAAAAACCAUGCUUUUGCCACACAUAAAGUAGUAUUUUUUGAGUAAAAAUGUGCAGGGGCGAUGCACGCACCUCAGGCAUACUUCACACCAGGCACACUCAUGGUUUUAGCUGAGAUAGCUGCAGAUGAACACUGAGAGUAAAAUGCCUUUUUAGCUUGUUUGCAAAUUGCACUUACUGUGUUGUUCUAUCAGGCUGAACAGCAUUCUGUAAAAUGUCAACUCAAAUGUGAUGAACUUAAUUUUAAAUUAUUUAUAAGUGAUGAAUUUAAUCACUUUUUAUUGACAUUUAAACUAUCAUCUCCGUUAAUGAUUUCUUAAUUUUAUCCUGGAUCGUGAAGCACUUUGUAAAGUCAGUUUCAACAUGAGCGCCAUGAAUGAAUCAUUGAUCAUCUUUCUGAAGUUUAAUAAUAAUGAUGAUUCAGAUUUUGCCAUGAUAAUGGUUUGCAGGAACAUGUGAUGAAUUAGUGGUACCGACGCUACAAAUAUCCACAGCCAUGCUCUGGCACCAUUGGAAAAUCUAACCAAUAUAAGGCAGCUGGCAAAAUUGCACUUUCUUUGCCGUAUUUCUCACUGACAGGUAUAAUAAGUGGUGGAGAGACACAAGUGUGAUGUGGGAUAUUUAAAGGCGUUUCUACAUCCAUGUACUGCUACCUGCUGAAGUGCAAAUUAGGCUCGUGCAUGUGCCACAAGAAUUGAGAAUUAGAAAACAGAAACAUUCUUUAAAAAGCCGACCAAAACAAUGCACAUGCACAUUUUGUCUUUGUGCCUCCACACAGUUUAAGUUAUGAAUCUGCGCAGAGUUUCAUGCAUCUGGCCCCAGAUGCUUUGUGUUCAUGUACAAAAUACUUAAAACUUCGCUGUGAGCUUUGUUCCUCUGUAAGGAGCUACUGUCACACAGUUUCUUCUUGUGAACUCUUUAUUCAUAUAUUCAUGCCUAGGGCGGCCCUGUCCCCUCAACUGCCCUAAAACUUAAGCAGAUGCUACUAAAAACAACCAUUGAAUCCACAUGGAGAGUGGGCACCACCACAAUAAUCGACUAAGGGCCACAGAAGACAUAAUGCUUGUCUUAGCAAGGGAGUCUCCAAACACCCUCCAAUUCCCCAGCACUAAUAGCAUAAGUGACCCUUUUUACCACAACACGAGUUACUUUAGUAAUACCAUAACGCUGCUUUAGGCUUUGUGUGUGUAUGCUUGUGUGUGUGUGUGUGUGUGUGCGCGCGCGCGUGCGUGUGUGCUUGAGUGCAUGCGCCAUGCCAGCUCAGUAAUCAGAACAGGAACCCAGGCAAAAUAGGAUUCAGUGUGCUUGACUCUUGGGCUGAAUAGAUGGAGAUUUUUCAUUUAAACAAUCUGCCAGUGCUGCUUGUGAUGUGUCUGUUUCAUGAUGCCUCCUCUCCUGGUCUGCAUGCUUCUAAAAAUGCAAUUUUACACAUCAUCUCGGCUCAAGGUGCAUCCACAAUGCUCUGAGAAGUCUGCAUAUUUAAGAAGACAAUAAUUCUCCUGCGAAUAUAAGGUUCGAGCAGUCGCACGGAGAGAGCAUAGAGAAUGAGGUUUCCGCAUAAGGGAUUCUGCGUGGAUAGGAGUUUUAAGGGUGUGUUGUAUACAGCAGAGACAGAGAUGUGCCAUCAGAGGCAGUAAUUUCCUUUUUCAAAUCGCAAUCUGCCCUCUGUCCUCAACACCACAUCGCCUGUACAGCUUAAAAUAUUGUUUCAGUUCAACACCAGUGUCUGCUGAAAACUAAUUGGAUACUGUACAUGCCAAAACAACCAGUGGUUUGGGGUUGACGAUUUGAAAGAAACAUUUUUGAUUAAUUAAUCAAUUUGAAUUUUUGUUAACGUGCCAAUUUUUUUGUGGGAACGAGGGGGGAGACAGUUCUAACUGUACAAUGAGAAAAAAAUCCCUUUUUUUUUGCUUUGUUUUUGAUUCUGUUUUGUAUAUCAAAGGGAGUACAGGUAUCUUUUUUUUUGUCAAAGUAUGAGGAUGAUUGUACAGACAUAAAAAGUACAUUUUUUAAAUUAUUAUUUGAACCAUUGUUAAAUAGCCAUUGAUCCAAUUUAGAACUGUCAUUCAACAUAGGGUAUUUUGAUGUGAUAACAAAAUGAUCAUGAGUCGUGUUUUUUUGGGGGCUUUUUUGAAUAAUGUUGUCAUGAUGCCAUUGUAAAACGUAACGAGCUUAACGCCCAGACCCACCAAACCGACGGCAAAGAACUAGCCGCGACAAAUUCAACUGAUGCGUUGAAAAUAACAAAGCAUAUUUAAUGUGCACAAGUCAACAAUAACACAAACUACCAGAAAACAUUUAAGCUUAAAAGCUCAAUGGCUAAAGAAAAAAGGUCUUACAUAACAUAACAACACCUUACAUUACAUUCGUCUUACAUUUCUGUUUCUGAUCUGAACUGCCAAUCAGACUGAUUUGAUACAGCGACAUGCUCCACUGUCGAUUUAACAUGCUAAAUCAGCAAAGUGGGAGCCAACAGAACAGGACACACUGCAGAGACUAGAGCACUAAACGCUCACUGACGGCCGAACAUUGACCGACGGCAGGCCAUUGGCUUGGUGUGUCAGGGCCUUAAGAUCUACGUUGUUAGCAGUGUCAGAUUGUGCAUCUCUCCUACAACAAUGAUCUCUUUGAAUUAUUAUAACAAUGCAAAACUGAAAAAAACUGAAACUCAUCCCUCUAAGUGAUUGUUAUACCCCCCCCCUCCAAAUUUCAUCUUUUAGGAUAAUCAGAAGUAUGUGUUUAUAUAGAAAAUAGCAGAGAGUCUCGGGUCAAAGAACCUGAAUUGUUCCAUCGUUUGUGUGAAAACAGGCCUCUGUGUUUGGGCCGAUCAUCCCAUUGUCUUUUAGCUCGUGACUAACAACCUGAUCCGGUGAUAUGACUUGUGUUCAUGGUAAUUGUAAGAAUGAGGAGGCAGGGGUAUGAAAGAUUUAUCAAAAAAAAAAAAAAAAAAAGUAAAAAGGUGCCAUUUUGGUGGUGAAAGUUGGCAAACGCUUUAAUUAAAAAGAAAAGUUUGCAAUCUAACUCACACUCACUGUGCACUUUACCUCACAAGAUAUUCUGCUCAGGCUGAGUUGUUUCAGAUGUUUGAACACGACAUUGCCACUAACAGAGUGAACUAUUUGCAAAGUAUUUCUUUUGGUAAAUAGUUCCAGCUGCCACAUAUCCAGUUCUUUCCUACUUUGUGAGUGCUUACUAUUGAUUUGUGGAAGACCAAUUGCGGCUGUAUCAACAAACAACGCUCAUAACUGUUGACAAACCCUGUCCGACCAUGAUGUGUAAGCUGCCAUAUCCCUGCCUACCCUCCUUGUUGUCAUUGGGUAUGUUUUAUUGUCUUAAGAAACAUUUAUAUUUGUAACAUUUUAAGUUUAUUUGUAUCCUUAAGAACAUGAAAAAACAAAAUGGUUAUGCACACUGUCCUUCCAUAAAAUAUGUAAUGGAAUAUGAUACUAAAUAAUAACCACUUUGUUAUAUAAACUGACUUCUGAAAGAUA